AUGUUUAUAUUAAAGGGUGAAGAUGUCAACCGGACACUUGAAGGUGGGAGGAAGCCUCUUCACUAUGCAGCAGACUGUGGACAGCUUGAGAUUCUGGAAUUUCUGCUAUUGAAAGGAGCUGAUAUUAAUGCUCCAGACAAACAUAAUAUCACACCACUCCUAUCAGCAGUCUAUGAGGGCCAUGUUUCCUGUGUGAAAUUGCUUCUGUCAAAGAUGAGUCCAGAAAAUCGAACAAAUGCUGUUUCAAUUGCUAAACCAGAGAGG